CUAGUUGUUGGAGUGAAAAUGUUGGGCUACCAUGACCUACUACAUCCUAUGCAGGAGCAGACGUCCGGAUGCUUAGUUUAAAUGAAGUCAGGAAGAACUACUACUCAAGGCAUACAAGAAAGAAAGAAGCUUAAUUAAUAUGUGAGCAGCAACAUGUUACAGAAAAUCGUGGAGAAAGCAGAACCUCAAAAAGAAGAUGGUGGAACUUCGAGUUAAUGCAAAAGUGGAGAUGUAAUCCUAAGGUCUUAACUUAAGAGAUCUGACAUCAACCCAAACCACAGAGCAUGGAAUCUAAAACAAGGACCAGAAAAGGUCUUUCCAAAGCAUUUUCUUAAUCAUAAUUUAAUAAUCAACUGUUUAGACCUUUAAAUAUCAUGUUUAGAUAUGAUAUUCCCAGUACAAGGUAAAUUCUAAGAAGACAGGAACUUUGCUUGCCUUCUUUACACUCAACACUUUAUCACCUACGCAAGGCAUAAAAAAUGUCAAUUUGAUAGAUUAUUAUUAAUUAAUAAUUAAUAGUUGACAAAUUUUGGAAUCCCUUCAGUCCUCUAGAGUUGGUUGUAAAUAAUUGUGCUUAUAUUAACUAUAAACAUUUUAGAAUUAUCACUGCAGAAUCCUUUGUUUCUAUAGUUUCCAGAUGCUCCUAGUGUCCAGAUGAUCCCGCUGCCCAUCUCCCAGAAAUCCAGUUCUGUCUCAGUAUGGUAGCCACAACCUGUAAUGGAUCAGUGGACGGCUCAACCAUUUUCUACCUGGUGGGCAUCCCCUUUCUGCCAGAGUCCUUCUUCCUCCCUGUGUUUUUUAUUUUCCUCCUCUUCUACCUUCUCAUCCUUACAGGUAACGCCCUGAUCCUGGUGGCUGUGGUGGCAGAGCCCAGCCUCCACAAGCCCAUGUACUUCUUUCUGAUCAAUCUCUCAGCCCUAGACAUUCUCUUCACCACAACCACCAUCCCCAAGAUGCUGUCCCUAUUCUUGCUUAGGGACUAUUUCCUCAGCUUUCAUUCUUGCUUAUUGCAGAUGUACCUCUUCCAAAGCUUUACAUGCUCUGAAGCCUUCAUCCUGGUGGUCAUGGCCUAUGACCGCUAUGUGGCUAUCUGUCGGCCACUGCACUACCCUGUUCUCAUGACCCCACAGACCAAUGUUAUGUUGGCAGCCAGUGCCUGGCUUAUUGCCCUCCUCCUGCCCAUCCCGGCAGUGGUACAGACCUCCCAGAUGGCAUUUGACACCAUUGCCCAUAUCUACCACUGCUUUUGUGACCACUUGGCUGUGGUCCAGGCCUCUUGCUCUGACACCACCCCCCAGACCCUCAUGGGCUUCUGCAUCGCCAUGGUGGUGUCCUUCCUCCCCCUCCUCCUGGUGCUUCUCUCCUAUGCCCACAUCCUGGCCUCAGUGCUUCGCAUCAGCUCACGAGAAGGACGGUCCAAAGCCUUCUCCACCUGUAGCUCCCACCUCCUGGUGGUGGGCACCUACUACUCAUCCAUUGCCAUCGCCUAUGUGGCCUACAGGGCUGACCUGCCCCUCGACUUCCACAUCAUGGGCAAUGUGGCAUAUGCUGUUCUCACACCAAUCCUCAACCCCCUCAUUUACACUCUGAGAAACAAGGAUGUAAAGGCAGCCAUUACCAAAAUCUCAUGUCUCAAGAACCCAGGCCAUGGCCAGAACAUUUGACCUUUAAAUUUAGCUAAGUCUGUUCUUAGGACACCAAAUAAUAGCCCUUAGAACAGAAUAGGGACUCAAUAAAUAUUGUUGAAUGAGUGACUUAAUGGCUAUAGA